AUGAACGAAAAUCUAUUCACCUCUUUCACUACCCCAACAAUAAUAGGACUACCUAUUGUCAUUUUAAUUAUUAUAUUCCCAAGCAUUCUGUUCCCUUCACCCAACCGACUAAUUAAUAAUCGCCUAGUCUCACUACAACAAUGACUAGUACAACUAACAACAAAACAAAUGUUAGCUAUUCAUAACCACAAAGGGCAGACCUGGGCCUUAAUACUAAUAUCCCUGAUUCUAUUUAUUGGAUCAACAAACUUGCUAGGCCUAUUACCCCACUCAUUCACUCCAACUACCCAAUUAUCAAUAAACCUAGGCAUAGCCAUCCCACUAUGAGCUGGCACCGUAAUUACCGGAUUUCGCCAUAAAACCAAAGCAUCUCUGGCCCACUUUCUACCUCAAGGGACACCUAUUCCUCUGAUUCCCAUGCUCGUAAUUAUCGAAACCAUUAGUCUCUUUAUCCAACCCAUAGCCCUAGCUGUACGACUUACGGCUAACAUCACUGCAGGUCACUUACUAAUACAUCUAAUUGGAGGGGCCACUCUGGCCCUAACAAGUAUUAGUACUUCCAUUGCUUUAAUUACUUUUAUCAUUCUUAUCUUACUGACAAUCCUUGAAUUUGCAGUGGCCCUAAUUCAAGCCUACGUCUUUACCUUACUAGUGAGCCUAUAUUUACAUGACAAUACCUAA